CGGCGGCGGUUUCACUUUCGAUUCUCGGGAGCAGGGGCGGAGCGGAGCCGCGGAACGGAACGGGGAGGGAGGUUUGCUGGGCCGGGGAUGUUCCUGACUGAACCUGGGGGAAGCGGGGUGCGCAGCGGAGGGGGGGACCCGGUCUGUCACAGUCGGAUGUGGUGAUGUCUCCUCGCAUCCCGUCCGUGGGUCAGGCAUCGGAGAGCAGGACUGGGGUCUAAUCAGUGGUCAGGAUCCGGGCCAGUUGCUGGAUUCAGGGGUCAGCAUGGACAUUCAAGAUGAGCUGAGCUGCUCCAUCUGCCAGACCCUGUUUUCCUGCCCGGUCACUAUCCAAUGUGGCCACAGUUUCUGCACAUCCUGCCUGGAGAAUUACUGGUGCCACCAGAACAGCCUUGACUGUCCCCUCUGCCGCCAGCACUACCCCUCUCGUCCGCAGCUCUGCAAGAACGUGACGCUCAGCCACAUCUGCGAUGUGAUCAGGCAGCGGGGGACCAAGGCUCUGUCCACUUCCUGCUGCCCUUCCCAUGGCGACGAGCUGACCUUCUACUGCUGUGCUGAGGGAUGCCUGAUGUGUGGUCGGUGUGUCUGCCAGGACCAGAUGGAACACAGGAUCCUGCCACUGCAGUGGGCAGUUGAACAGGCUCAGGACUCAAUCCAGAAGCAGGUGGACGCCGUGGAGACGAGUCUGAAGGAGAUGAGCGAAGCAAAGGCGAAGUUGUCACAGCAACUGGCAUCCAUCAGGGAUGAUGUGAGCGAGCGAGGUGCGGGUUUGUUCCAGGCGCUGGAGGGGCUGUUGGUGGCCACGCAGGAGGCGCAGAGGCAGCUGGAGAGUUUGCUGGAGGGAGCAGCCGGAUGUCUGCAGCGUGAGGCCAUGGCAGAGGAUGCUCGGCUGGAGACGCGGGAGCUCCAACUGAAGGAGCGACAGAGGGAGCUCCUCAAAAUGCUCAGCCAGGACACAGUCACACUGCUCCAGGUUUGGCAGACGGAGUGUGGGGUCGAGGAGAGGCCGGCCCCUAUCCACAUCGGGGUGGAGGUGUGGGACGCCCUUGGGGGGCUGCGGGAGGUGGUGUUGGAGCUAACCAAGCGUUUGCAGUCAGAGGUCCAGACUGUCACCCGAGUGUGUUCACCACAACCAGAGCCUGUCUGCACACCAGAGCAUCCAGACAGCCAGACACCAUGUCCAGACGAUCACCCAUCAAAUGCUCCUGCUCCUUCUGGAAUCUUGCAUCCCGAGAGCAGUACCAGCACAGCAGUGGCUGUAGAAUCCACCUCCUGUACGGUCGGUAUGACAGUCACGGAUACAGUCACUGAGACAGACCUCCUGCAGUCACCAGUGCCUCCAGUGCCAGGAGCCAUGGCAGAAGACUGGGCUGACACGGGACCCGUGAACAGGCAGCAGCUGUUGAAGUACUGGACAGCAGUGACCUUUGACCGGAGCACGGCCUCGGACUAUCUGUGGAUCUCAGAGGAGGGUCUGGAGGCCACUAACCUGUGGCCAGAGACUCAGCCGUACGGGGCAGACAAGCACCGCUUCGAGCGCGUGCCGCAGGUGCUGGGUCUGCCGGCGCUGGGGGAGUGCCACUACUGGGAAGUGACAUGGAGCGGGACUCCGGUAGUGGUGGGAGUGGCAUGCCGCUCGCUGCCCCGCCAGGGCCGUGGCACUGGCUGCCUACUGGGCCGCAACCCCUUGUCGUGGGGCCUGGAGCUGUCGCAGGACACGGCCACCCCCUUGCACCAGAAUCAGCCGGGACCCAAAGUCCGCCUGGCGUCCCCCAACAUCGGCCUGUUCCUCGAUCUGCGUCGGCAGUCCCUCGCCCUGUACAGCAUCGGCCAUAACUGCUGGCUCACCCACCUGCACUCCUUCGCCCUCACUGCUCCCCCGCCCCUAAUCCCUGCCUUCUACAUACACAGGGGCACCACUGUCAGCAUCCUUCCCCGAAAUUGAACCCUGGGGGCUGAGGCAGGGUGUUCGUGACAGAGGUCAGAGGUCGGUGAACAAGGUUGGUGUGGCGUCCAGGGGCUGGCACGCAGAGGUUGGGAAAUGUUGGUGGGUCAGAUGUCUGGGAUGGUGAAAGAAAGGCAAACAUCAGGGAACAGGGACACAGGAAUAGUCAAAGCUAGGGGAGUCGGUGUUUUCAGGCAGUCAGAGGGAUCAGGAAUCAGGAUCGGAUCAGGGCAUGAAUGACAGGAACUGUACAGGAGACUCGACUCAAACAUAGAGCAGCAGACAUGAUUUAGCAGUGAGUGGUCACUUCAAUAAUACACUGUAAAACAGCAAGCCAUGAUGGGACAGAUACGGAACACCAGAGGCAACAGGGUAACUGACGGCUUGGAGCAACUGGUUGUGGCCAGCUGGUUCAGUGGGUGAACAAGAACUGUGGAUGAGAGCUGGGUUUAAAUAGGCUGCAAGUGACUUGGUGGCGAUUGAAGGCCUGAUAACCAGUGCUAUAGGUGAAAUGGUCAGAAAAAAAUGGUAGGUGAGGGUUCAAGGGGUCUGCAUGUCCACUCCCAGGCUGUUAACGCACCACCCUCUUCGUCUGUUAAUGUCUCCAAGUGCUGGUCAUUAUCUCCCCUCCCACAUCCCCUACCCAUUCCUCCCCUUUACUCUGCUCCCCUCUCCUAUCCUCGUGCCUCACAGCCCUGUGGUUGUGGAGGUAACGCAGUCCCACGGUCACUCCUAGCUGGGUGCUAGGCAGACUUGGAGCAGGGAGACAGAGCAAUGAAAGGUGGGGUCACGAGGUUCAUUGAAGGGAGACGCGGGGUGGGGGGGGUGGAGGAGGUUGUUAAACCACUCUGUAACCAGGCACAGAAUUAGCAGAAUAAAACCCAUGUCUGGCUGCAGGUUUGGACCCCCGGAGCCUGACAUGACCCAUUAAUAGUGUAAUGCCCUGGUUCACAGCUUCACUGUUAUGCUGGAGGUAUUUCAGUUAGCAGCUCUGCAAGAGCAGUCUCUUCUGCUUUCAGCCUGUUCGGGUUUUUGAAGAUGAGGAAUGAGUGCCAUCCAAUUAGGGUGGCAGAACUGAGGAGAGGUUUUUUUGGUGAGUCACUGAGAUUGGUCUUGGGGCUUUGAAUGAAUGAAUUGACUUUAUUUCUCAGAUCCUUCACACACAUAACAUAAAGAUUUUUACUCCUCGUCUCCAUCUAAAUGUGCAAUCAUAGUAAUUUAUAAUAAAUAGAACGGUCAAUGUAACACAGAAAUACACUCAAAUCAGCGUGAGUUAAUCAGUCUGAUGGCUUGGUGGAAGAAGCUGUCCCAGAGCCUGUUGGGCCUGGCUUUUAUGCUGUGGUACCGUUUCCCGGAUGGUAGCAGCUGGAAUAGACUGUAGCUGGGAUGACUCAGGUCCCCAAUGAUCCUUCGGGCCCUUUUUUCACACCUGUCCUUGUAAAUGUUCUGAAUAGUGGGAAGUUCACAACGACAAACGCGCUGGGCUGUCCACACCACUCUCUGCAGAGUCCUGCGAUUAAGGGAAGUACAGUUCCCAUACCAGGCAGUGAUGCAGCCAGUCAGGAUGCUCUCAGUUGUGCCCCUGUAGGAUUUGGGUGUCCAUACUAAACUAUUUCAACUGUCUGAGGUGAAAGAGGCGGUGUUGUGUCCUUUUCACCACACAGCUGGUGUGUACAGACCAUGUGAGGUCCUCGGUGAUGUGGAUGCUGAGGAACUUAAAGCUGUUUACCCUCUCAACCCCAGGUCUAUUAAUGUCAAUAGGGGUAAGCCUGUCUCCAUUCCUCCUGUAAUCCACAACCAGCUCCUUUAUUUAGCGAUACUGAGGGAGAGGCUGUUUUCUUGACACCACUGUGUCAGAGAGAUGACUUCUUCCCUGUAGGCCACCGCAGUAUUGUUCGGCGGGAGAUGAAGAGAGAAGACACUGGAGAGAACAGAUCGUAGGAUAUGACCUGGUGGGAGACCCGUUUGUUCAAAAUGGAUUGCGAGUGAUGUUUGGAAGGUGGUGAGGGCGUUCACGCUGAUCGAGGGCCCAGUGCGUGAGUGACAGAGAAGUUCCAGAUGAGCUCUAACUUGUGCACAUCUGACUGUUUAAUUAGAAUGGGCCCUUUUCUUUUUGUUUUGUAACCCUUAAGGUUCAUAAAUAUUCCUUUAAUCAUCUGCAGUGUACUGUCUGUCAUUUUGUGGCGCUGAUUUGUAACGGUAGCAAAUUACACGGCAUGCACACAAACCGGGGAUUGGGAUGGGAGAACACCUCAAUCUCAUGAGUUUGGCAAGACCGGAGGGUGUCUUCGCUAGACUUACUCAGCUGAGUAAACCAGCAGGGUUUCCCUGAGAAUGAUCACGGGAAUGAAGGGGUUACUGUAUGAGGUGCGUUUGAUGGCCCUAAGCCUGUACUCACUGGAGUUUAGAAGAAUGGGAGGGAAUCUCAUUGAAACCUAUCGAAUGUUGAAAGGCCUCGACAGUGGAUUUGGAGAGGAUGUUUCCUGUGCUGCACCUGAUGCAGAUGUGACCACCGGGGAGGCACGGGGGAUGUCCAUUUAGAACAGAGAUGAGGAAGAAUUUUUUCCAUGCAGAGGGUGGUGAAUCUGUGGAAUUCAUUGCCACAGACAGUAGUGGAGGCCAAGUCAAUGGGCAUAUCUAAAGCGGAUGUUGAUAGGUUCUUGAUGAAUCAGAACAUCAAAGGUUAUGGAGAGAAACAUUCAUACGCGUGUCCGGGGAAGUUUUAAAAACGCAGUCUCUAUAAUAAAGAGAGGUACCACAGCAGAGUGGUGGUUGUCGGAGCAGGCUGAAUCAGAGUAGAAAGGUUUUGGCUCAACAGGGCUUCGGCAGGAACAGACAGAAGCAAGGUAAGUUCAUUUCUUAUUUCUUUUUUACUUCUUUAACUCUCAGGAAAAUAGGAGGUAUGUCUGCAGAGCCAGUAUUCUGUUCUGGGUGUCAGAUCAGGGAUUUCCAGAUUGCCAGCCUCCCUGAUGGCCACAUCUAUGGAAUUGAGGGAAUCAAGUAGUGAGAUCAUGGAAACUGUACAGAUUGAAAAGGAGGAGGUGCUUGCUGUCUUGAAGAAAAUUAAAGUGGAUAAAUCCCUGGGACCUGACGGUGUUCCCUCGGACCUUGAAGGAGACUAGUGUUGAAAUUGCGGGGACCCUGGCAGAAAUAUUUAAAAUGUCACUGUCUACGGGUGAAGUGCCGGAGGAUUGGAGAGUGGCUCAUGUUGUUCCGUUGUUUAAAAAAGGAUUGAAAAGUAAUUCGGGAAAUUAUAGGCCG